AUGGACAAAACGAAUAUUAUAGAAGAGUUAUUAUUUUGCAAACCAAUUUUCGGAGACACUAAGGCUAAAACCUUAUUUGAUAUCACUAAUGACUUUAUGAAUUGUAAUAAUACUAAUUGGGAAAACUGUUUGGGUGUAUGUACAGAUGGGGCUCGAGCUAUGGCUGGUCAUUAUGGUGGACUUCAGGCUUUAAUACGACAAAAAGCUCCAGAAAUGAUAUGGACUCAUUGUCUUAUUCAUCGAGAAUCUUUAGCAUCACAAAAUAUGUGUCUAUCGUUAAAUAUCGUACUUCAAACAGUUAUACAAGUAGUAACUACAUAAAAACAAGGCCUGUAAAAGCAAGGUUCUUUAAAAAGAUAUGUGAAGAAAUGGGAGCAGAGCAUACUGCGUUACUGUUUUAUUGAAAUUCUAGAUGGCUAUCAAAAAGAAACGUACUAGUACGAGUGUUCGAACUUAGACAAGAACUUUACACUUAUUUGAGUGAAGAAGGUCAUAAUGAUUUUAACAAGUUUAUUGAUAGUGAUUUUGUAAUUAAAUUAGCGUAUUUAUGUGAUAUUUUUGAAAAACUUAAUAUACUUAACACAUCUUUACAAGGUAAAGAAACUCAUAUUCUGCAAUUAUAUGAUAAAGUGGUUGCUUUUAUUAAAAAAAUCGACUUAUGGCAAAGGAAACUGACCGAAAAAACGGUAAAACCACGUGUUUUCAACUUUUAAAAAGUUUUCUUGAAGAUAAUGAUCUUGACCUACCAAUGAGUUCACUAAAAAUAAUUUCUGAUCAUCUGAUGACUCUUAAAAAUCAUUUCGAGAAAUAUUUUUCAGAAGACAUCGUACAAUACAAUUGGAUUAAAGAUCCGUUUAGUGAAAAACCAUUACCGAAUUUCACAACUACUGAAGAAGAACAAUUAAUCGAUAUAUCAUAUGAUUCUUCGUUACGAAUAAAAUUUUCUUCAUUUUCACUUUUAGGAUUUUGGAACAGCAUUAAAGACGAAUAUCCAGAAAUUUCCAACAAAGCUUUGCGUGUACUACUGCCAUUUGCGACAUCGUAUUUAUGCGAAGCAGACUUUUCUUCAGUUGCUGUAUUGAAAUCAAAAUAUCGAUCAAAACUUAAUAUUGAAAAAGAAAUGCUGUCACAACAUUGA